UGUGUGUCUGUCUGUCUGUCUGUCUGUCUGUCUCACCGAGAGCCCCGCCGAGCAGCAUAAGGAGGCGAGAGGCGCUCAGAGAAGCGCGGAGUUCGGCGCUGGACGCUGUUGGACUGAGCUGGACGGUCGCUGCGGAGGACAGAUUCUCGAGCAGCCCCGGAGUCGGAGACGGAGAGAAGGAGGAGGAGGAUCCUGAAGAGCGGGACGGGCUCAAUUUAUUUACCCGGAUUUCACCGUGAUUUCGUCUCGACUCGAGCGCGUGCGCGCUGCUCUCUCAGCCUCUUGUUUCUCUCUGAGUUUUUGUACUUUCACCUGCAGUUCGAAUCGGUGAUCCGCUUCGCUCAUCGAUCUCGUUGAGGAGGAAGAAGAAGAAGAAGAAGAAGAAAGACGAAAGACACUUUUCACCUAGAGACGUUACUAAGUAUCAAACUUGUGGACUCGGACUCGGAGUCGGAGUCGGAGUCGCCGAAGAGGCGGCGGCCAAGUCUCCACGUGUCUCCGCGGACCUGGACUCACUGGAGCGAGAUCAUCUCGGAGAUCAUCAUGUUCCUCAGGCUUCGCUUCGGACCUUCUACAAACGCUCCUCGGCAGGUUUUCCGCUCUGUGAUGUGGUGAUGAUGUCCAUGAGCCCAUCUGGAGAUGUGUGACCAGCUCACGAGACGCUUCCAAGAUCAUGUGGAUCUAGAGUAGAGGAUAUUAAUUAGCCUAGGGCUCACAGAUGGAUGUUCUCCACACGCUGGGAGAUCUUGGCGAAAACAGGCGCACUUGGGAAUAGAGUAAAACUGAAAGUGGAGCCCAUCCUCAGGCUGAAUCUGUCCUGGAGGUCCCGAUCACCAGCUCAUCUGUGAGAGCGAGGACUGGUACGCAGAAACAGAUACCACAUACGGUCUCACGCAGAACGAGAUCCAGAGAGACAGCAGACCUGUGCGAGAGGAGGAGGACAUUCCAGCCCUGGUCUCCACUCUUCAAACACCCCGUCCCUAAUGGACUGACCACUUUCUACCACCACAGAAAGCACCAGGCUGAAGCAAGGCAGCGCGGGCAGGAUGUGUGAGAGAGUGUGACGGCGCUAUGGGACCCCGGCGACUCGGGCUCGUGGCUGUGACCGCCGCCGCCGCUCUCUGCCUCCUCCGUCCGUCCCGAGGCGCCGAUCCCAUGGUGCGUGCCAGGGCGGGGGGUGUGGCAGAGCUGGGCUGCAGCCUGGACCCCCCCCCAUCAGGCCCUGCCUCCCGCCUCUUCCCGUUGCACGUCGUGGAGUGGGUGCGUCUCGGCUACAGCGUGCCCAUCCUCAUAAAGUUUGGAGUGUACACACCGCGCGUGCACCCUGACUACAGGGGACGGGUGUCGCUGAGCCGUGGCGCCUCCCUGCUCUUGCGGGGGCUGCGCCUGGAGGACGAAGGCUGGUUUGAGUGUCGCAUCCUCCUGCUGGACAGAGCGACAGACGAGUUUCGCAACGGCACCUGGACCUUCCUCUCAGUCACUGCCCCGCCCACCUUUCUCAAGACUCCACCCCCUUUCCUGGAAGCCCUGCUGGGCGACUCGGUGACGCUCGUAUGCGUCGCCCACGGCAACCCUCAGCCGAGCGUGACCUGGAAGAAGGACGACGCCCCGGUGGAAAAACAAGAGACGGUCGAGCUGGCCAAUGGGACGCUGACUUUGGCGUCAGUGACCAGGGAGGAGGCAGGAACAUACAAAUGUCACGUGUCCAACGCGGAGGGAAACCUCACCCACGCCACACAGCUGCUGGUCAAAGGUCCUCCCAUCAUCAUCAUCUCCCCUGAAGACGCGACUCUCAACAUGUCCCAGGAUGCUGUGCUGCAGUGCCAGGCCGAGGCCUACCCAGCCAACCUUUCGUACAUGUGGUGGAGGGAAGGAGAGGACGUCCACCACAUAGAGUCCCUCAAGUUCCGCGUGAAGGUCUUGGUGGACGGCUCCCUCCUCAUCCCCUCCCUUGUCCCAGAGGAUGCUGGGAACUACACCUGCAUGCCUAGUAAUGGGUUGCUAACUCCACCCACCGCCUCUGCCUACCUCACUGUGAGGCACCCGGCUCAGGUGAUGCGGAUGCCCAGGGAGACGUAUCUGCCCGCGGGGAUGGGGGGGGUCAUCACCUGUCCAAUCAGAGCGGACCCCCCCAUGCUCUAUGUCAACUGGACCAAAGAUGGGGACGUCCUCAAUCUUGACAUGUUCCCAGGCUGGAUGGUGAACUCGGAAGGCUCCGUCUUCAUAGCUACAGCCAAUGACGACGCAGUGGGAGUUUACACCUGCACCGCCUACAACAGCUAUGGAACGAUGGGCGAGUCGGAUCCCACUUCGGUGCUCCUGCAGGAUCCGCCCUCGUUUAAGGUGGUCCCCCGAGCCGAGUACCUGCAGGAGGUGGGCCGGGAGCUGGUCGUUCCCUGCCAGGCCCGUGGUGACCCCGCCCCCAACACCACCUGGAGCAAGGUGGGCUCCGCCCCCCGCUCGUCGUACACUGUGGCAGCAAACGGCUCUCUGGUACUCCGCCCACUGAGCAAGGACCACCAGGGGGCGUGGGAGUGCCAGGCUACCAACCGUGUGGCCACCGUCAGCACGAGCACCAUGGUCCUUGUGCUAGGCACCAGCCCCCAUGCCGUGUUGGCCGUGUCCGUGGUCCCGGAGGUCAACCAGCUCAACGUGUCCUGGGAACCCGGUUUCGACGGGGGCUACACCCAGAAGUUCACCGUGUGGGUGAAACAGGCUUCCAGGGACAACCACGAGUGGACAACGCUGCCCGUUCCCCCGUCCAAGAGCUCCCUGCUCGUGACAGGUCUCCUCCCUGGCACCAAGUACCAGCUCAGCGUCCUGCCCCAGAACAAGCUGGGUUCAGGGCCCUUCAGUGAGAUCGCCACCGUCAGGACCUUGGUCCCCCCAACAGCCCUCGUACCAACAGCAGUGCCCAAACUGGCCCCGCCUUCACAGCUCUCCGUCAAUCAGACAUCAGAGGGGAUCGUGGUGCAGUGGGCGUGGCCUCCCCCACAGGCCCCGCCCAUCACAGGCUUCGUGCUGCAGGCGCGCCAGCAGCGGGGGCAAUGGCAGGUUCUGGAUGGCGCAGUGGGCAGAAACAGCAGCGAGGUUCUCGUGCAGGGCUUACUGAAGGACUCCAUCUAUGAACUGCGGCUGCUCUCUGUCAGCGAUAACGUGAUCAGUGAGCCCAGUGAGUCGGUCAGCGUUUCCACUGCAGGAAUGGAGGUGUAUCCGGCUCGCCGAGGCCUUCUGCACUUCAUCCCUGAGCCGCUGCUGGCCGGCGUGGUGGGGGGGGUCUGCUUCCUCUUCGUGGCCAUUCUCUUGUCCCUGGCCAUGGCCUGCAUCAUGGGCCACCGGCGAGAGCAGCGGCGGAGGAAGAGGAGGGACGAUCUCCCCACUGCCUUGCAGAAGAGCCCACCUCCACAAGCUCGCUCGCCUCCUGACAGCCCAGACAGCAUACUGAAGAUGAAGCUGUGUCCUCCGCUCUCCUUCUUUCCCGGAUCAUCCUCCUCCCAGUCCGACCGCUCCUCCUUCGACAAGGCCAGCCGCAGCGAGUACCAGGACCAGCGGCAGCAGCUCCUCACCAGCUGCUCACCUCCUCCUCGAUACACCCUUUUCGAGAGCCACCUUGGGGGCUUGCCCUCCCCCACCGCAGCCCUGGAGUCCAUCUCUCGGGGACCUGACGGGCGCUUCGCUGUCCAGCCCUACGAAGAGGAGCGCACUACUGCUCACGUUCAGAAGAAUCUGAAGAAGGAGUUCCCACAAUGCACUACAGGGGGAAGUGGCUCCAGCAGCAGCAAGUCAUCCUUCAGAGACUCUCCAAGGUCAAAUUCCCUGUGCUCUGACAAGGACGGGAAGAGGGACAUAGCUGAAAUUGUGGUCCAGAGGCAAACCCGACAAUCGCCUCAACAAAACAAGGUAAGAGCUAAGAAGCUGUCUCCUCGUGGUUGCUUCUACUCAGACGAUGAGCGGGGAUGCUCCGACAGGCUGCUGGACCGAGCGAGCUUCUGCUCGGACAGCGGCGAGAAAAGGGCCCGAGACUCCCUGAAGAGGUACCGUUCAUUGGGCUGCCAAGGUGACCUCUUCCCACCCCUGAGGCGGCAGGCCAAGGAGGAGGGCCUGGGGCAGGAUAGGAUGCGAUACAGCCCCUCCAGCUACCUUCCCGUUCGCAGGGAAAAUCGGGGCACAGGCUCCGGCACCACCAUGUUUCAAAUGGAGAACGAGCGAGAAAGUGACAGCCUGAGCAAGUGCCUGAAACUCGCCCAGGAGAGAGAGCAGAUGGAGAAGGAACUGGAGCGAUUCACGAGUAGCCAGAGGACUCGAGGUCGAGCAAGAGAGCAGGUCCAGGUCAAGGAAAACCCAGCUGGCAGAGAUGAAGAGGACCCUGUAUGGAAACUGCAAGAUGUCCCUCUCCGACAGAAAUCCCAACAAGCCAGUGGGCAGCCCCACCGACUCUCGGACUACCGCAAGGGCUGCUAUUUUGGGAACACCAGCAGUCCGAUGGAGCAGAUCUCCUCACCCUAUAUGCACUGGGACAUCAGCCCUGUUGACUCCAUCACCAGUCUAGUGGCUGUGCAAAGCCCCCUAGAGAAAGUCCCACCAAGGGCCCCCAUGGUCUCUCCUGCAGAAACCGCCCUAGCUGUGGAUUGUUCCCCAUCUCCGACCACCCAGUGCUCCUCCCUGUCCCUCCCCUCCGCUGCCCCCGGUACUUCCUUCAUGUCUCCUGGGGACCUAAAGGAAGCAAAGUCAAGGCGUCCGGAGAAAAGCCUGCUGCAACAGAGUUUCUCGCACGGGAGGUCGCUGCCAGAGGAAAGUUGGGCCGCUGAGAGGUCAAGGUCUGAAGGCACUUUCCUUUCAGAAGGAGCCAAUGACAGAAGGGCAAGUCCUGCGCUUAGCUCAGCACCAGUGUUUAACGUGCUACAAAUGGAGCGAAAGCAGGAGUCAGAAGUGAAAAGUGCUGUUCGGGCCACAGAAGCUAUGAAGGGAUGCCAGUGGAAGCGCCGUAGCGCUGAUCGCUGUGACUCUAUCGCGCAGAACCUUGUAGAAGGAGGAGGCAAAGACAGGGACAGUCCCUCUGGGGGCUCCACUCUGCCUUAUGAUUUCUGGAAAUCUGGGGAGAGAAAAGGAGCCGCAGUGAGUCACAGCGGAAGCUCCCCAGUCUCCCCAGAGUUUGAAAAGGAAGGCGUGAGGAUUCGUUCGCGGAAGAGCGACAAGUGCCUUUACGGCGACAGCCCCGGUCGUGUCUCACCUUUGGCCUUUACAGAAAAUGAGGCCGAAAGCGACCCGUCGCAUUUUUCUGUCUUGAAAAUGUCUGAGUCUUUUAAAGCCGAGAUUGUGCCACAGGCUCCCAAAAAGCCCCUGCUGCAGACCAGUGCGAUCCUGGAGUAUCUGAGCCUCCCAGGGUUCAUCGAGAUGAGCGUAGAUGAGCCCGCUGGUGAAAACGAGGCUUCAGGCUCAAUCCAAAGGAGCUCAGAGCAGGGGCUUCUUUUACGAGAGAAACCUGAUGUCCUCCCAAAGGACUGGGAAGCUCACAAACCUGAGACAAAGUCAAGUCAAAAAAGUGCUGAAGUUUUAGAAAAUAAACCUCCAAGUGGAGAUUCAGGACUGCAUGGUAGACCUUCCUCGAAGCUCAAAGCUGAGGACUCCAGAGGGAAGGGGGAGAAUCCAGACAAAGGUCAGGAGCCGUCGCAUAGCCUAGAAGAACUUCAGCAGCAUCACGGUGACGAGUCACAGCCUAUUUGCGCAGAUGCAUCUUCGGGCUCAGAGGUGCGAUGGGCCAUCAACAAUCUUGGUGUGAGUCUGGUGCCACCAUCUAGUGCUUUGAAGCAAGAAGCAGGGAACGCAACCAGAAAGUCUGCAUCUUCCACUGACAGACGAGAAGCUGCUUUUGAAUCGUCCCAAAGACUUGAGGGCAGCAGGAACAGUAAGGCAUACUCGAGGCUUUAUCAAGCACCCACAUCUUUUAUGAAGAAGUCAGCAAGUGUAGGUCCGAGCAGAUCGCUCUGGGCUGUGGCUCAGCCAGGUCCACCUUUGAAGAAGUCAGUGAGCCUAGGGUCCCAAAGAUGGGAGCAUUACAAGAUGCCCCAAAGUCACACCUCUGACAGGCUUCAUUGCGAUGAUUUCCCCCAACCAAAUGUCUUAAUGAAGUCUUCAAGCAUCUCUCCUGCGUCUCCUUUCUGCCCAAGACAAGGAUAUGACACCUUCCGACCUCAGAGCAGCCCUGAUGUUGAGAGCGCUGCCCGCACGAGCAGGUUCUCAGGGGUCCCAUAUCGUCUCGGCGUUCAACCUUCAACCAAGGACCUACUGAAGCGACCAGACCAUCCUGUCCUUGCCCGUGCUCCCACCUCCACCAGACGCCUGUCGCCUGACCCUCGGCGACAGGCCACCGCUUUCCCUGAAGUGUCCUGCAGGCCCGCAAUGUACCAGGAAGCUCUAAGGUCCGUUCAGCACAUAGCGGUUCCUCGUGAUCACUACGGCCUGCAGGUGCCCCAGAGGCCAGGAACGAGAGGGGUGUACGUGCAACCACUGGACUCCAGGUCAGGAGCUCAGAGGGUCUCCCUGCCCCGGGGCUACAGCUGGCCUUCCCCCUAUCACCCACACCUGGUUCCCAGGGAGACAGCCACAGAAGGGUUUCGAGAGAAGGAUGUCUGGAGGGGAACGGAACCUGAAGUCCGAGACUGCAGGGACGCGACGGAGGGGCGGGCGAGCUAUGCGAGCCAGAGCAGCGGCAGGGGCAGCAUGGGGCCAUCCUACCCUCACGGCCUCCUGCGGCAGUCCCUCUCGCUCACCCCCACCCUCACCAGCUCCCCAGAAACCGUGCAGGAGAUGAGGAGGCACAGCACCGAGGCCGAUGCGGUGCGACGGAGAGCCGACAAAAGGAACACGUACGUGGACGAGAGCUAUGAGUGGGACCAGGCUGACGUCCCGGUCGAUUUGUACAUCCUGGAGGAAGAGAGCGUCGACCACGAGGGCCCAGCGAGAAGAGAUCGACCUCACUCCGCCAUCGGCCUCGGCGACCUGCAGAGCAAAGGCCUGUUCUCCUGGGCCAGCGCACCUCCAGUGUUCGCACCCCAAACCGGUCUGUACGGCCGCUCCCUCAGCGAGGCGCGCUUCAACGCCCUCCGCCUCGAGUACCAGGAGUAUCGUCGUGCCCAGGAGUGCGCGCGCUCCCACCGCUCCCGCCCGACCCCCAACCCCGACUCAGACCCCGACUCAAACGCGGCCCUCCUCUGAGCUCCCUGCGUCCACCCCCAUGUGCUCUGCUCAAGCCCUGUGUUGCCUGUACUUCCCCACGUGUCCACUAGGAGACGCCGCCUUGUCUGUCAGGUUCCUCUGUGUGGUGCGGUUUCAACAGCUUUGGAGACUUUUCUUCAAGUCCUGUGCGCUUCCCCUCAGCUGACUUCCCUUUGCCACCACUUUGACCAAAAAUGUUGUAUUCCAGGGCACUUGCUCCUCAUUGUACCGCCAUACCGGAAGCGGCAG